CCUCUGCAGCCGGCUUGGUCCCUCUUUGUCCUUCGCCACUACGCGAGAGGCCACUGUGCGAGUGUCCGCGUGCUUGUGCGCGCGCUGUUCCCCGGCUAGGCUCCAGGCCGUCGGGAUCUCGCGGAUCCGCCCGGGUCGCGCAAAGCCCGGGGGCGGGGCGGUCACUUGGGUCCCGGUCCCCGUUCGGCGCGUCCGUGGUCCGAGGCGUUUUUUGCAGGUUCCGGGCUGGAUCCCUGUGGGGCGGGCGGAGGGGAAUGAGAGGGUUCGCGGGGGCCGGGCUGGGGGUCGUGCCAGGGCUGCAGGUGGCGUCCGCCCUUCGGCCUGGGACUCAGCGGCUGGGUUGCGGUGGGCACCGGUGGGCUCCAGCGGUGGGGGGAGGCCCUUCCUCCGCCGCGGCCAGUGCUCAGAGCGCCUUGACGUUUCCGUCCAGACCGGCUCGUACAGGUGGUGUCUCCCACGCGAGUGCCCGGCCGCCCGCGACCUUCGGGACACACGGCCAGUCGUGGGGACGCCCUGGGAGUGUACGCGGGGCGACCCGAUUGUUCGCCUCCGUCCAGGCUCCACCCAGCUUGCCUCUGCUUUUAUCAGUAGGAUUUUUAACGAGGCGUCUCUACUAACAAAAAACCCAAACAACUUUGACAGUUGCUAAUGCGGUGAGGACAGCGUUGGCCUCAAGCCUUGUCUCUGACUUUGACCCACAACUGCCACUUGAAACAGUCAACUCACAAUUCUGGGUCUCAGGCUUUUCAUCUGAAAACGAGGGAGUGGCAAGAAAUUACUUUUUCUUCUCUAGCGUGGAAGCUUUUUGCAAUCAUUAAAACACAUUAUUUUAUUGAUUACUUAUUGAUUCCUUACUGUUUCAACCACAUAGUGCUGGACUGAAACUGCUUUGCUUGCCUGUUUUCUUGGGUUAAGGAUUUUAAAAUAUGUUCACUGUCGUCAGUUUAGAGUGUACUGAUAAACAGAUUCAAAUGAAAAUCAUUCAUGAUCCCAUCAACAGGAAAUAGUCACUGCUAACGUUUUGUACAUCCUUUAGUCAAUAAAUGUGUGUAUAUUGUUAAUAACCUUAUUUGUUCCCUUUAAGAAAAAAAAAAAUUGGGACUAUGCUGCAUAUCCUGCUUAAAGCCUUUGCAAUCUAUCACAGAUAUGUUAAGUUGAAAUAUUUUGUCCCAUGUAGGGAGUUUGACCUUUCUGUGGGAGUUCUUUCAACUUGCCCCUGAGAUCUUUUCUUUCUCUUCUUUUUCUCCUUAGUCUGCCCUGUUGCCAUCAUCUCUGGACAGGGGACUGUAUCAUGCGUGUACUGGGAAUAUAAACGGACUCCCAAGACAUUUGCCCAUCCCUCUUUCUACUGCUGUUGUGGGUCUUGGUCACAGGCCCUGGGGUAGACUGCAUGGAACCAGUGGCCCCAAUCUACCAUUUGUGCAUAUAUCAUCUAUUUGGGGCACAUGAAUUUUUGUGCAGUAUUAGAAUUUGAGUAGACUCCAGGAGUUGGUGAUGGACAGGGAGGCCUGGCGUGCUGCGAUUCAUGGGGUCGCAAAGAGUCGGACACGACUGAGUGACUGAACUGGCUGACUGACUGACUUCCUUAAUGAAUGCUGAAUGCAUCAAAAAAGACAGCAUGGUGUAUAGAACAUCUGGCACAUAGUUGUUGUUUAGUUGCUACAUUGUAUCCGACUGUUUUGGGACCAUAUAGACUGCAGGUCAGCAAGGCUUCUCUGUCCUCAAGAUUUCCUAGGCUAGAUUACUGGAGUGGGUUGCCAUUUCCUUCUCUAGGGGAUCUUCCCAACCCAGGGAUCCCACCUGUGUCUCCUGCAUUGGCAUGCAAGUUCUUCACCACUGAGCCACCAGGGAAGCCUGGCACAUGUUAGGUGUGAGUAAAUGUCACUUUCCGUUGUUCUUUUUCCCUUGUAAUUCCACAGGACUUGAUGCUGAGUGGGAACUAUGGGAUGAUGAUGACGGUGCCCCUUCCUCCUGCAGGUGAACAUGAGCAUGUCAUGGGGAGAACUGCGGUGCUCUGCAGGAAGCUGCUGAGGGUAUAUAAAGGAAUCAUUUCUUGUGUAACUGGAAAUAACCUCAAUAUGUAUUUCUGAGUUGAUACCAAGGGCUGAAUCACAGGAAGACAUGAAAGGGAAGAGUUUGGUGUCUGAAGUGCUGCUUUAGUGUGUCAUAGGGAUGAGCAAGCUGUGUCUCUGUGGAACUAAGGUGACGGAAUGUGUGCGUGGAAAUAAGAGCUAAUUCCAGGAUGUAUGGUUCACAGAUCCUGGUUCCCCAGAAAUGAGCCUGCUCCUGUGAGACAAGAAAGGCAUUCCCAGCAGAGAAAUUCAUUCCUGGUGUUGAACACUUCAUUCCCAAGCUUCGGGAUAAAAGCAGAGGCCACAGAACUGAACAAACCUCAGACUUGCUGAUCAUCUCACACAGGCUGCAGAAAUGACCAUGUUACAGGAUUGUGCUCUUAUAGGGGUCAUUCUCAUUUGAAGAUUUAUCUGUGGACUUCACCCAGAAGGAAUGGCAACUACUGGACCCCUAUCAGAAGGACUUAUACAAGGAUGUCAUGUUGGAGAAUUAUAGCAGUCUCGUGUCACUAGGGUAUGAAGUUAUGAAACCUGGUGUCAUCCUUAAGUUGGAGCAAGGAGAAGAGCCAUGGACAGGAGAUGGAGAAAUUCCAAGUUCAGACUCACUAGAUCAAGUCUUUCAAGUAAAUGGUCACAUGACUUGGCACAAGGAUAACAAGAAGUUUAAAAAUAUGAAACAAGAUCAUGAAUGUGAUGCACUUGGAAAAAAGUUUAAUCUGAGCACAAACUUUAUUCCUUUAAGGAAAUCAAACAAAGAAGGUGACAUAGAUGGGUUAAUUUUAAAACAUCAUUUAGAUUUUCUUAUUCCGAAAGCAAACUAUGGAAGAAUGGAACCAGCUGACUUAAACAUAUUUGAUAAAUUAUUUCUCCAUACGAAGACUGAGGAAACUGAUACUUGGUUAAAAUACUAUGCAUGUGAUAAAGUUAGCUAUAAGAAGUCACAGAUUAUCAUAUAUCACAGAAGUCGUUCAGGGGAGAAACUCUAUGAAUGCAGUGAAUGUAGGAAACGCUUCAGUAAGAAAUCAAGUCUCAUUAAACAUCAGAGCAGACAUAUAAGAGAAAUAGCCUAUGGCUGUGGUAAAUGUGGCAAGACUUUUCCCCAGAAGUCACAGUUUAUUACACAUCAUAGAACUCAUACAGGAGAGAAACCUUACAAUUGUAGCCAAUGUGGGAAAGCCUUCUCCCAAAAGUCACAGCUAACAUCCCAUCAGAGGACACAUACAGGAGAGAAACCAUAUGAAUGUGGUGCGUGUGGGAAAGCCUUCUCCCGGAAGUCACAUCUCAUAUCACAUUGGAGGACACACACAGGAGAGAAACCCUAUGGAUGCACUGAAUGUGGGAGGGCCUUUAGUGAAAAGUCAAAUCUCAUCAAUCAUCAAAGGAUUCAUACAGGAGAGAAACCUUUUGAAUGCAGAGAAUGUGGGAAAGCCUUCAGCAGGAAGUCACAGCUUGUCACACAUCAGAGGACCCACACAGGAACAAAACCCUAUGGAUGUAGUGAUUGUAGAAAAGCCUUCUUUGAGAAAUCAGAGUUAAUUAGACAUCAAACAAUUCAUACUGGAGAGAAACCCUAUGAAUGCAGUGAAUGUGGGAAAGCCUUCAGAGAGAGGUCUAGUCUUAUUAACCAUCAGAGAACCCAUACAGGAGAGAAGCCUCAUGGAUGCAUCCAGUGUGGGAAAGCCUUUUCCCAGAAAUCUCACCUCUUAUCACAUCAGAUGACACACACAGGAGAAAAACCCUUUGUAUGCACUAAGUGUGGGAAGGCCUUCAGCAGGAAAUCCCAGCUUGUCAGACAUCAGAGAACUCAUACAGGUGAAAAACCCUAUGAGUGCAGUGAAUGUGGGAAAGCUUUCAGUGAAAAAUUAAGCCUUACUAAUCACCAGAGAAUUCAUACAGGAGAAAAACCGUAUGUGUGCAGUGAGUGUGGGAAAGCCUUUUGUCAGAAGUCACAUCUCAUAUCACAUCAGAGGACACACACAGGAGAGAAACCCUAUGAAUGCAAUGAAUGUGGGAAAGCCUUUGGUGAAAAGUCAAGUCUUGCAACACAUCAGAGAACCCAUACAGGAGAAAAACCUUAUGCAUGCAGGGAUUGUGAAAAAGCCUUCUCCCAGAAGUCACAGCUCAAUACUCACCAGAGAAUUCACACAGGAGAGAAACCGUAUGGAUGCAGUCUUUGUCAAAAAGCUUUCUUUGAAAAAUCAGAACUAAUUAGACAUCAGAGAACUCAUACAGGAGAAAAACCUUAUGAAUGCAGUGAAUGUAGGAAAGCCUUCAGGGAGAGAUCAAGUCUCAUAAAUCAUCAGAGGACACAUACAGGAGAGAAACCCUUUGAAUGCAGCGACUGUGGCAAAGCCUUCUCUCGGAAGUCACACCUCAUACCACAUCAGAGGACACACACAGGAGAGAGACCCUACAGUUGCAGUGAAUGUAGAAAGGCCUUCUCUCAGAAGUCACAGCUUGUUAAUCAUCAGAGAAUUCAUACAGGAGAGAAACCUUUUCAAUGCAGUGAGUGUGGGAAAGCCUUCUCCCAAAAGUCACAGCUUAUUAAUCAUCGGAGAACUCAUACAGUAAAGAAAUCCUAAGAAUGGUGUUAAUGUUAGUCUUUGACAGAGAUCUUACCUCAUCAGUUAUGGUAAAUCUUUCAGAUAAUAGUUACAUCACAUUAUAUGUCUGAAUACACUUUUAAGUUAGGAACUCCAAAUAGGUUAUGUUGGGGAAGCUUUCAGCAGAUUAAUGUGUUUAUUAUAUUAGAAUUCAGAGGGAGAAUGACCCUAUGAAUUGCAGUGGAUUUCAAAAACCUUUCAAACCUUUUUCAGUAGAAAAUUAACAGUACAGAAGAAUACUGUGACUAUCAGAAAGCUUUCCAGAGAUCAAAUUUCAUUAGCCAUUGGAAAAAUUCCCACUGAAAAUGAAUCCUAUUCCAGUGAGUUAAGGAAAACUUCAUGAAUACAGCAAGUGAGGUGAUAUUUUCAUCAAGAAAUAACAGCUCAUUGUACAUGAGAAGAUGCCCUCAGGAAUGAAUUCUUUGAAAAUACUAAAUAUAGGACAAUCUUCAGCAAGUAACCCCACCAUGUUGGAUCCUGUGGGUAUACCUAACAGUUUAAAGACACUAGAAAUACAUGCCCCUAGAAUCAGUUAUGGUAAAUCUUUCAGAUAAUAGUUACAUCACAUUAUAUGUCUGAAUACACUUUUAAGUUAGGAACUCCAAAUAGGUUAUGUUGGGGAAGCUUUCAGCAGAUUAAUGUGUUUAUUAUAUUAGAAUUCAGAGGGAGAAUGACCCUAUGAAUUGCAGUGGAUUUCAAAAACCUUUCAAACCUUUUUCAGUAGAAAAUUAACAGUACAGAAGAAUACUGUGGCUAUCAGAAAGCCACGCACUCUUUAUAGACAUAGGUACCAAAAAUAACUGGUUCUAAAUUAUAUUAAGGCUCAAGUGUGAAGUUUCUAAAAAUGUGAAUAAAUUGAGUCAUUGGAAUACAAAAUUUCUCCAUGGUAUAUAAUUAUGGCUUAUUUUCCUGUGUCACAGGCUGUGUUUUGUAUUUUGGAAUUACAUAUGGUAAUGUAAUUGGGAGCAUGAGAUGUACAUGCCUUGUAGUGCCUCUGAUGUCUAUCAAGACAUACCAUGUGCCACUGGUUUUUCUAUUUUAAUAAUACUAUAAAAAUGAUAACUCAUAGGACAUGUCUUACUGCUCAAUAAGUAGCAUGAGUAAUAUCAACACAUUUCCUUAUGAUUUGUUAGUUUAUAAAAGGCUGUAUUAUUGGCACUGACCUUUCUCUUUAGUAGCAAAAGCCAACAUUAUAUAAAGUCUUUUGGAUCCUAGACUCUGAGAAACAGUUUAUAUAAAACCUGAUUAAUAAGUAUUCUAGUGUAGAACUGCAGAAUGGCACGAGUAAAUUGUGAGGAGAAUGAACUGUGGCUCUACACUCCUGCUCAGUGGCAUUAACUUGGAGCAGAAUGCCCUCCUUGUGUAAUGAGGUGCCUCCAUGCAUCCAGUGUGUGUAUCUUAAGUGCUAUGUCACCCAAGUACAACUUGUAUUUUAAUUUACUGUGAUGAAUUGUCAUGAAUAUUGUGUGCUGCUAUUAUGUUUUUGGUGUUUUGUAAAAUAUUCCAUAAAAAUUAGAUGAAGAAACUAGGUAUUUGAGAAUCACUAUCCAGAGAAUAUAAAAUAUAAAGGAUUUUGUGGUGAGAACCAUAUUUUUUAUGUAUCCCAGGAAGCCUAUUUUGCCUUCCUGCAGAUUUCUGUGAUUACCAGACAGGUAUCAGAAAUCAAGCUUUUUAUUAUUUCAUCACUGGAAAUGUUAGUGUUUCACUUGCGUUUCACCUGUUGUAUCAUGCACAUGAGAAAGUUCCCAUGUGUGCUUACCAUUUUAUAAGGGUGGUUCCUUCUGAAAAUGCACGAACCAUGCCUAGGUUUAUUUAGAAUUUUGUAGCAAUCUCUUUAUAAUGUUGUUCGACAAAAUCAACUAUGUUUUUUGUAUGAUGGUGAAAUUCAGAAAAGUCUAGCAUUGACCUUGUUUCCAUACUUGAAAAAAUCAGGCCUUCUCUCAUGCACAAGUCGUCUUACCAGUGUGGUGUUUGGUACCUGUGAUUCUAGCAGUAUUUUUUUCUUUACCUACAAUUUUACAUCAUUGUUGGAAAAUUGGAAUACUAAAUAAAUGAGGGUAAUUUUAUGAACUAUUGUACCAGAAUUUCAACAAAGUCCUAUUUCCCAAAUUUUUAUUCAUACAUAAAUUUAUGGACUUCCUACUUUUCUCCCUAAUACCUUAAGGUCAUUUUACCAGGUUGGUGAAACAGACCUUUGUAAAGGAACGAGUAGUUACAGUGUGGUGUUUUACUUUGUGGGUUGUUGGGUUUUGUUUUGUUUCCCCACCCCCCCCCCACAUUUUUUUUCUUUUCCAUCUAUCGUGGGUCUCUUUCCUCAGCCCAUUGAUUGACUUGUUGGGUCUUGGAUUCGGCUGAGGAGUCUGUUGUCUAAAAACUUCCUAGUUUUGCUCACUCCUGUUCUAGAUUAUUUUUGAACUACUAAGCAGUUAAUCUUAGAACUUCCUUUAUGAGAUGAUGAAACUUCACUGGCCUUUUGAUCGAAUCCCAAGGGCGAAUGUGUUUUCCCAAGGGCAAAUGUGUUUCCUAAGGAUCUGAUGUCAGUCAUCCUGUGUCAGGGCUGAUGCUGGCAGCAGGGGUUUUGUUUAUCAAAAUACCUGAUGUUCCACAUCCCAGGUGUGUGGUGUAGAACUCACCUGGCAUUCUGUCUUCUGAAGGGUCACAAGAGGCCUCUGAUUCUGAAAUUAGAAAUUCUUAGUGUCAUGUUUUUAAGUCACCUUGGUAAACCACAAAAAUAUAUUUCCCCUCACCGAUUCCUACUACAAAUGCUGCAUCAAGAAGAAAGCCAAUUUUAAAGUUAGGCUGGAUUUACUUCUGGUUUUGUGAAGCUCAAUAAAUGACAUUUAGAUGGAAUACUUGAGGAGGAGCAUCUCCUUUCCCUUCCUCUUUCACCACCCAGGUUCCUCCAUUGGUGUGGAAGCAAUCCUGCAGAGCACACUUUCUAUUCUAUUCCUUACACUAAGUACUGGAUCUUCUGGAGGUCCCGUCUAUGAAUUCUGAGACCUAUACCAGGAUUGCCUUGUGUUCAGCUUGUCUUUGUGGGCUUUGAUAUUUUCAGACACCAUUAUCUGUAUAGAUCUGUAUGUUCCUGAUAUUUUGAUUUCAUGUGACAUUUUCAUCACAUGUAGAACCCUGAGAUGAAAUGAACCCAAAGAAUACCAGACAUAUCUACCAAUAUCUGUAUUACAUAGCAAAGUAUACAUCCAUAGACAUUUGGACCCUACACUUGAGAUCUCAGUCAUUUGGUCAUUUACUCCAGUAUGUACCCAGAUUGUCAAUUUCAUUGAGUUUGUCAGUCUACAAACAUAAUACCAACAAGCUUUCAGAUGCUGAGCACCUAGUGCUGGCCUGCAUGCCAGUUAACUAACUCAGUCAUUACUUUUGCAGCUGUAUGCAUAUUUUUUGCCCUUUUCAUCCUUUCAGUCCAUUUUUUGCACUUAUAUAUACUAGUUAUUUUAAGAUGCAAUUCUGAUUAUACACUCUUGUAUUGAAAUAUCAUGUGGCUAAUUGUAGGCUUGGCUUCCCAGGUGGUUCAGUGGUAAAGAAUCCGCCUGCCAUUGCAGGAGACACAGGAGACAUGGCUUCAGUCCCUGGAUCAGGAAGAUCCACCUGGAGAAGGAAUGGCAACCCAUUCCAGUAUUCUUACCUGGCAAGUCCCAUGGACAGAGGAGCCUGGUGGGCUACAGUCCAUGAGAUUGCAAAGAGUUGGACAUGACUGAGCACAUGCGUGUGUGCGUGCACACACACACACACACACACACACACACACACACGCAUUGUGGAUUUAAGGUGUAAUAUCCUCAUGGUAUAUGAGGACUUUUAUACAAAACCAUACCUGUUCAUAAUUUCUGAAUACUUUAUCUUUCCUCUUACAGUUUUGGUUUUGUUCUGUUUUUGCUUCCUUAAACUACUUGAGAGUUCCACAAUCUCUCAUUUUACACUUUUAUGUGUGUGUGCUUUUUUGUUGAUCUACUGCCACUGAAAUGCCCUUGUUCCUUGUUAAUACCUAUUCAACCUAUGUGAACUUGUACAUGUAUUUGUCACUGGUGAUAAAAUUGUUGCAUGUUUUAUCUUCCCCAUUAGGAAGCUUCUGGAAAGCUAGGACUCUUGUUUGUCUAUAUAAUUUUAACAACCGAAGCUUUGGUUCAUAAGUGUGAGUGGUGUCAGUGGCUGUGUUUUCUACCACAUGAGGAGGCAUAGCUGCAAUGAGAGAAGUGUGAAGCCACCACGGAAGCCAAGUCAUGAGCAUCCUGGCUGGGUUCCAGGAUCUGGUUCUUGUCUUGAAGUCUGGGUUCAUCUCUGCUGUUUUCUUGCCUUGAUUAUUGGACUUUUCUGUGAGAUAGCCCAAAUAUCCUUAUAAUAAAUCCCCAAGUUUGUUUCA